UCCGGGGUGGCAGAGCCGCGCUGCCGCCAUGGGGUGUUAGCGCGGCCGGGCCCGCUCCUCCGGAAAGAGCCACCGCCGCCCGCUGGUCCCGUUCCGCCUCGCUCUGCUCCACUCCGCUCCUCCGCCCCGAGCCCAUGAGCCUGAACGAGCACUCGAUGCAGGCGCUGUCCUGGCGGAAGCUCUACCUGAGCCGAGCUAAGCUGAAAGCCUCCAGCCGCACCUCCGCGCUGCUCUCCGGCUUCGCCAUGGUGGCUAUGGUGGAAGUUCAGCUUGACCCAGACCACGACUAUCCUCAGGGGCUCUUGAUAGCCUUCAGUGCCUGCACUACUGUGCUCGUUGCAGUUCACCUUUUUGCACUCAUGAUAAGUACCUGCAUCCUUCCAAACAUAGAGGCUGUUAGCAAUGUGCAUAACCUCAACUCUGUCAAGGAAUCUCCUCACGAGCGCAUGCACCGGCACAUUGAGCUGGCGUGGGCGUUUUCCACUGUCAUUGGGACUUUGCUCUUUCUUGCAGAAGUGGUGUUACUCUGCUGGGUCAAGUUCCUUCCUUUAAAGAAGAAAACUGACAACACUCCACAGAGCAACAGUUCUACCAUCACAUCAGGACAGGCAGCAGCCAUUGCAUCGACGUCCAUUAUGGUGCCCUUUGGAUUGAUUUUCAUUGUGUUUGCAGUCCACUUCUACCGGUCACUGGUGAGCCACAAAACAGACAGGCAAUUUCAGGAACUCAAUGAACUUGCUGAAUUUGCACGGCUCCAGGAUCAGCUGGAUCACAGAGGUGAUGCUGUCACCUCAGCUGUCACCAAUUUUGUGUAAACCUGUGCUUAAGAAAAUAAACCCACUAUUCUGCUUCUGCCUUA